UUUGCUUCAAUUUUUAUUUAAAAUAAUGCUAAAAAUUUAUAAUUUAUUAGAAACUUCCCGGAGGACCCAUACCAGGUUGAAGAAGAUAAACCCUCCCCUAAACAAAGUCAACCUACAUAAAAGAGAAAAUUAAGUGAAUCAGAAGACUCACUAAUUCUUUUGAGAAGGUAAAUUUAUUUAAUCUCUACUCUUAUUCUAAAAAAAUAUAAGAAUACCCCCACUCCACCACAUACUAUUGAAAUGUUUUAAAGUGUAAACAUAAACAUUUUUUUUACUUUUUUUUUUGAAAAUCUUUUCGUAGGAAAAUGAAGAAAGAAAACAGCCCUGAGAGUGAGGGGUUCUCGCAGCAGACGAAAGAGGAGCAUCCACUGCUGAAAACAUUCAGAGAAGACAACCCAGGGAAAUAUACAACGUUUGAAAAACGUAUCCGGUCAACGUUUACCCUCACGACACCAGUGUGUAACACGUUGACUGUUAGCCAUAAACCUGCGUCGACAGAGUCAGGAGUGUUCAACCCACCAGUGCCUAUAAAAUCCCAGGGAUACAGUCCCUCAUCUCCGGAUUACAGUCCCUCAUCUCCGAAUUACAGUCCCGUAUCUCCGGAUUACAGUCCAGUAUCUCCGGAUUACAGUACAGCAUCGACACCAGUGCUAAUAAAGUCGGAACCUACAUGUACAGUCACCCCAAUGAUGACUCUGACAACAACACCCCAGGCCCCCCUUCCGUCAUUCGCCGGAUAUAGUCAGGUAUCUUCGGAAUACAGUCCAGCAUCGACAAAAGUGCUAAUAAAGUCGGAACCUACAGUCACCCCAAUGAUGACUCCGACAACAACACCCCAGGCCCCCCUUCCUUCAUUCGCCGGAUAUAGUCAGGUAUCUUCGGAAAACAGUCCAGCAUCGCCACCAUUGCUACUAAAGUCGGAACCUACAGUCAACCCUAUGAUGACUCGGACAACCACCCCCCCCCCCCCCCCCCACAAUCAACACCGAGUCUCUCUCCAGUUGUAG